CACGCAUUUCACAGUGGGGAGUAGUACGAUCUACUCUACUGUCAUUUCUGACCUUCUCAGAAACAGUAUUUUAUUUUCCCGUCUUAUUUAUUUAGACGUAAAUUUCCCAUCUAUUAGCUUGACAGGAUUGAAAUGUUACAGUUUAGGUUGUCGAUAGUGCUGAAGGAGUUGUUUCAAUCCAACCUCAAGCGUCCUUUGUCAGGUAUCGUAAGGAACAAAGCGUCACCAGCAACCAUCUGCUUCAGCACCGCCUGCCCCGAUGUCACAGCGCUGCCCAAACUGAAGCCCCUCUACGCCGGAGGGUACCGACCUGCGCUGCGUUCCUCAUAUGGGAUCCGGUCAUUUUGCACAGAGACCGGAGGUGCUGUGAUAGCAUCCGAAACGACCAAGGAUGAUGGAAGCGAUAACGUUAAAGAGGCGGAAGCUGAGAAGGUCAGGAAGGCAGGGAUGCUGCCCAGCUUGGAGGACCUGCUGUUCUACACCAUCGCCGAGGGACAGGAGAGAAUCCCCGCUCACAAAUUCACCACGGCCCUGAAAGCCACCGGUCUGCGGACGGGAGACCCCCGGCUGAAGGAAUGCAUGGACAUGCUGAAGGUGACCCUCAAAUCCACCUCCGACGGCGUGAUGCUCGACCGACACCUCUUCAAAAAGUGUGUCCAGAGCAACAUCGUGCUGCUGACACAAGCGUUCCGCAAGAAGUUUGUCAUCCCAGACUUCCAGCCGUUCUGCUCCCACAUCGACGAGCUGUACGAGAGUGCCAAAAAACUGUCUGGAGGACAGGUGGCAGACUACAUCCCCCAGCUUGCCAAAUUCAGCCCUGGCCUGUGGGCUGUGUCUCUCUGCACGGUGGACGGACAGAGGCACACGGUGGGCGACACCAAAGUGCCAUUCUGCCUGCAGUCGUGCGUGAAGCCGCUGAAGUACGCCAUCGCCGUGCACGACCACGGCACGGACUACGUGCACCGCUUCAUCAGCAAAGAGCCCAGCGGCCUGCGCUUCAACAAGCUGUUCCUGGACGAGGACGAUAAACCCCACAACCCCAUGGUGAACGCCGGUGCGAUCGUGUGCACGUCCCUCAUAAAGCAAGGGGCAAGUAAUGCCGAGAAAUUUGACUAUGUCAUGAACUUCCUAAAUAAAAUGGCAGGGAAUGAAUAUGUCGGUUUCAGCAAUGCAACGUUCCAGUCUGAGCGGGAGUCAGGCGACAGGAAUUUUGCCAUUGGCUACUAUCUGAAGGAGAAAAAGUGUUUCCCAGAGGGCACGGACAUGACCUCCAUUCUAGACUUCUACUUCCAGCUCUGUUCCAUCGAAGUCACCUGCGAGAGCGCCAGUGUCAUGGCAGCCACCCUGGCCAAUGGAGGCUUCUGUCCAAUCACGGGCGAGCGCGUGCUGAGCCCGGAGGCGGUGAGGGACACCCUGAGCCUCAUGCACUCCUGCGGCAUGUACGACUUUUCCGGACAGUUCGCCUUCCACGUGGGCCUGCCAGCUAAGUCGGGAGUGGCCGGAGGCAUCCUGCUGGUGGUGCCCAAUGUGAUGGGCAUCAUGUGCUGGUCCCCACCUCUGGACAAGCUGGGAAACAGUGUGCGAGGCAUCCAGUUCUGCACGGACCUGGUGUCUCUCUUCAACUUCCACAACUACGACAACCUGAGGCACUUCGCCAAAAAGUUGGACCCGCGCAGGGAGGGUGGAGACCAGCGGGUGAAGUCAGUGAUCAACCUGCUGUUCGCCGCCUACACGGGGGACGUGUCCGCCCUGCGCAGGUUUGCACUGUCCUCCAUGGACAUGGAGCAGAGGGACUACGACUCCAGGACUGCGCUUCACGUCGCUGCAGCUGAAGGACAUGCGGAAGUGGUUCGUUUCCUGUUGGAGGCCUGCAAGGUGAACCCUGUACCCAGAGACAGGUGGGGCAACACCCCGAUGGAUGAGGCUGUGCACUUCGGGCACCACGACGUGGUUCUGAUCCUCAAGGAUUACCACGACAAGUACAGCCCACAGGAGAGCACAGACGACAAAGAGAUCGCAGAGAAGAACCUGGACGGCCUGCUGUAGACACCUCGCCGCUGUGGGCCAGGCCCGGCCGGGUGGGGCACAGCUCUCCCUCUACCAAUCGUAAAUGUGUGUGUGACCGGUGGGAGUCUUGUGGGAGUACCGAUGACUUUGUUCAUUAUGGUUGUGCUGUAAACGAGUGCGUUCGUCCUCUCCCGCUGUUUUCACACCUGGCUCUGUUCCUCCGCUGUUCUCUCCUCCAGCGUCCCGUCAGGUGACACGCAGUGUGCGUAUUUUAAACCGCUUCAGACACUAUUUUUAUCGAUGCGUAACUGUGUAUAAAAUGAUUAUAUAAAAACACAUAUAUAUGUACAUUAUAUAAUCGUGUAAUGUUGGAGUCUUAUAUCUUUUAAUAUCACAGAACUGUAAGCUUUUAUGUGUAAAUACAGUUGUAUUUGUAGUGGAGCAAUAUGGAUGGAUGCAGUGCAGCAACUGAACAUAAUUUCCUUUAGUUUUUUAAAGGGAUAGCGCACUUUCUGGGGUUUCUGGUAUAAUUUCAAUUUUAAUGUGUGAUUGAUUGGCCCGCAUUUCUCACACCCUGCUGGCUUUACAAUAGUUGGUCCAGAGGCAUUCUGGGAUUUGUGGUGCAAAGCAAGAAAAUACACUUCAAGGAACUUCGAAGCAGCUUGCACAGUGAUGUUAUGUUUCCAGAGGCUGUACAUAUAACUACAUUAAUUUUAUAGCCUUGUAAUUAUAAUAAUUAAUAUCUCGGGCUGCAUGGGUUAGGGUUAGUCAUGAAAUGACUAUGAAAUGAAAUAGUCAUAACGGAAAAUAAUAAUAAACAUAAUCAUUUUUUUAAGAACAAUCUUUUAAUGUAUAUUUCUGGAACCCCUUAAUUUCAUAGUAUCAGCUGCUUCUGAAUUUCUUGAAGUGAAUUUUCUUGCUUUAGACCAAUGAACCCCUGAAUGACUACCUGUGAAAACAAACUGGUUAUUCAGCUGAAAUAUCCUUCAGCAAACACAUGGCCAAAUGAGAACAUACACCGAAUUAAAUAUUUUAUAUAUUUAAAAAAAAACACCCCAGAAAGUGAACUAUCCCUUUAAGCAUGGUGUUAAAUGCUUUGUUUUGUGAUUUUUGUUUUUAUAGGCAAUUUCUUUAUCCUUUUCCCUCACCCUCCUUAUUCCAAAGUGACGUUUGCACAACUCAUGAAACAAUGGGACCUGCAAAGCUUCACAGAAGUGUUUUUUUAUUAGUCUUUUUAUUGGUCUUUCGUUGCUGUUUUACUUAGCUCCAUCACUUAUGGUGAGGAAAGCAUGAUGCCUAUUAGCCAAAGAAACAAGUGUGUGUGGUCAUCUAUCAUACGGAGAGAGCUGAAGUCCAAACUCAUCUCUACAGGGUGUUCUCUAUCCACUGCAGUUAAGUUCACAGCCUGCCCCACUCAAGCGAGAAGGCAGUUAUUGUGAUAUUUUAAAGAAUGCUUAUUUCUGCGGCCUCUGAACUUGAACAUGCUCUGCUAGCUCAAGCCUGUGCUGUGUCAUUGGGAGGUGGGAGGGGGAAGAGUGAGCUAUCAUUCUCUUGACUUUGAACCAAUCAAAAGACUUUGUUCUCAACAGCAAAUCUAAAUCUUUUAAAAUCCGAGAACCAAAGAAACCAAACCCAGGCCAUGUCCGAAACAACUUCUCUACUAUUGAGUAAUAAACACUGGAUGAGGCAAACUGUUCUCUAAAUGUAGAUGGUAUACAUAUUUCCUUGGGUUUUCAGGUCUACUUUGUCGUCAAAAUAUGUCCUGUCUACUAAACAUCCUACCAACUGUCCAAUGUGUCCUCAAUACUGUUGUCCAAUGGGACUGCGGAAGUGUUGUAAGACGUCCGCCCUUCUAAUAAAAGCCACUUCCUCUUCCCCUCUGAAUAAUUGGACUGUGAUUGGACCCAAAGACGACUCUAAAAGAGAGCAGAAGAGAACAUUUCAUUCACUUAAAGGUACAAUAGGUAAUUCUGGGCUAAUGGUCAAGAGAGGAAUCGCAAACAAACACGCUCAAACCACAACACUGUUCAUCCCACCCCUUCUUUGUGAACGGGCUGACAUUGAAACGCCAUUGAUUGCAGCAAUUAGAACCAGUUUUCAACCAAUGAGCUCAAAUUAUUGUACAGCUAUGCAAUGUUUUGAUACAGACUGCAUAUUUUGAAACCCGAAUUUAAGGACUAUAAAUACAGGCAGAGGGUGAAUCAACAUGUCAGUGAGCCUUUUUCAAUGAUAGGAAGGGAUUUACAAUGGUCUUGUAACAAUGUUUUAACCCAAAAAUCCUAUUGUACCUUUAACUUUCUCAUCCAGUGUUCUGCACAUGCCAUUAUGGGAAUUGGUGUGUAUUUGAGUAGACAGUACAUUGGCAGUACAUUUAGUAGACUACAUAUUUUGAGAAUGCAGUAGUUAGGACAUUUCAAAUACAGCCCUUACUUGUACAUCUUGCUUGCUGCUCUCUGUGGGGGCCGUGAUUUGAGAUCAGUCUGUUGGGCGAUUCCUCAUAUGAACAGGAGGGGGUGGGAGGGUUGGAUUAUAUUAAUUUGUCCAUUGCAUUUGUUUGACGAUAUGCUGGAGUCCUGAGGCUCAACAGAGUGGGCUGACCAGCUUAAUGACGGCAGGAUCCUUUUGUAUGGAGAAAAGCACAUUGUUAUAUUGUAGAGACUGAAAUGUGCACAUACUUGAAUUGUCUCUCCACAAAUCCCACCUUUUAGAAAGUGUUUGUGUGCGUGUGUGUUGUCUGUGUGUGUGCCUUUGUCUUUGAACAAGUGAGACAGAUCUUUGUGGUAAUUCAUUCAAAUUUAAAAAGUAAGUAAAAACACCUGCAAUAAUAAGGAUACAGCAGGUACUAGGUAGUCUUGGAUUUACCCUUAACUUUCACAAUGAAAGUGUUAUUCAGUUUGGUAGGUUCGGUUUUCAUCAACUCAUGAAAAAAAGUAUUAGUAGUAUUUUCUCUUGAAAAACUGUAAUGCUUUAAUUGUAAGUCAAAUCUGAAGGCAAGUGUCGACUAGAUUUGGGCUGAAUUCAAAUCACUGAGCAUCCAACAGGAGACCUAGGGCAUGAUAUUCAGCUCAUAUGAAUACUGUAUACUUUCAUACAGAAUUUCUGAAGUUGUCAUUGGAUAGUAUGUGCAGUAGACAUAUCUGUAUUCAGUAGGUUUACAUUCUCCUUGCAUUGCUCUGGGCCGGGCUCACUCUGACGGACAGUCGUGAAUGUAUUACACAUUGUAUUCUCCUUCAGUUAGUGUGUGAUGCCCCAGGCUUGGACAUGAUGGUGCACUGUGUAUGCUGGCUUUAUUCUUUUUAAGCAUAAAGAGCAGUCUUUAGCCUCCUAAGCCCAAUUUAGCAUGAUGUGACAUGCAUCCAGCAGGGUUCUAGAGAUGUGCUACUAACAGACCUGUAACAUAAGGCUGACUGAAACUCGCUCGGACCAGUAUGGCUAAUCAGUGGUUCAGAUUGCAGCUGUGCUCUAGAGAUGUGGGCAGAUCGGUCCCCUUCCUGCCUGAUUGCCAUUUGAAUCGUCCAUGAAAUGGUCAAUUUCUCUACUAGAAAUUUGGUGACUUUCCACACUUAAAAAAAAUAGGGGACUCAUCUUAGCAAAGAGGCAGACCUAGAUCACACUACUUGACCGAUGUCAGCUCAGAAGCACAUAAAUCCAUGCAGCACACCUUUGCGGAGUGGUCGGACAGGGCAUGCACAGGAGACCUCUGGAGCUAAAACUGGCUCACCUGUAUCUGUGUACUCCCUUCAGUUUACAUUGCAGCUUAUCCCAGUACACAUUGUUGUGAGUAAUGGAAAUGUAUUUAUUUUAAUGACCAAAAUAAAGAAAAGCUUCCAAGGCACAAA